UUAGACCUACCACCGUGGUCACGCCCACGAUUAUAAAAGCUCCGCCUUAAUGACGCUUUUCAAAGGGGACAGAAUAUCGCAGCAGGCCGCGGAGUGUAGAUCGAAGAAAACCGUCGGGUUUCUUCUGUUAGUGUUUUUUAAACGCGCGCUUAAAAAAACAAAAAAAAAUAUUUCUAUCUCAUUCUAACAAAAAUUUUUAAUUAAUAAAUAAAUAAGAAUGAGGUGAAAUCAGUGAAUUUGGUUAUUAAAAAAAAAAUUCUAAUAAAAAAAGAUGGCAACGUUGACUACAUCAAAUCUUCUUCAUCAACAUCAUCAUCAUCAAUUUCGGAACGGUGGCGCGGUUACGGAGACAACGGAAGCUUCGAUGGAUUCAAAUUUCGGUCGUGAAUCCCCGGUUAACACUGAAAACGAUGUCAGUUGUGACAGUGAGGACACAGUUUUAUCAGUUGGCAAUGAAAAUGAACAUCAUCAUCAAGAAGUGCAAAAUGAAACGACAACUUUAUCAUUUAAAAACAUUGAAAAUCAUUUAAACGCAAUUUCAAAGAUAACCAAUACAACUUUGGACCCGGACGGCGGAGGUAGUUUAAGAAGUAAUCCGGCGAGUCCAUCGAGUAUUUGUACCAAUAAUCGUUUAAGUCCAAAUAGUGUAAAAUCAAAUUCUCCGAAUUUUUUGUAUAGAUCGAGCGAUUAUGAUAAGUCGCAUUCACCGGUUGAGUACAUUAACACAUUAUUUCGACCGGGUUUGUGUUCCCCAACUAGUCCUGAAAGUGGUAAAAAUGAAUUUCAAAAUUUUUAUUUAAGACAUCAUCAUCAUCACCAAAUUUCAAAAUCGAACGUGAACAAUAACGAUGCGAAUAAUCCAAAUUUAAAGUUUUCAAUCGAUAAUAUUUUGAAAGCUGAUUUUGGUCGACGGAUAACUGAUCCGAUAAAUAUCCGGAAAAGUAAACCGACAAAAAAAGUGAUUGUUAUUGCUGGAGGUGAAGAAAAAUUUGAGGAAGGUGGUAAACCGGCAGCGACGGCGGCAACAACAACGGCGACGACAACGACAACAACAGCGGUUCCGGUUGAUUUGAGUAAAUCGGAGGAGAAAUCAGAAAAAUCUUCAGAGUCAUCGAAUCAGCCGAUGUUGUGGCCAGCGUGGGUUUAUUGUACGAGAUACAGUGACCGACCGAGCUCAGGACGAAGUCCAAGAACAAGACGUGUAAAAAAACCGGGUACAAAAACGACAGCAACUCCUGAAGAGAAACGACCGAGGACGGCAUUUUCAGGGGCCCAAUUAGCAAGGCUGAAACACGAAUUUGCCGAGAAUCGAUAUCUAACGGAAAGGCGAAGACAACAACUGAGCCAGGAAUUAGGUUUGAAUGAGGCGCAAAUUAAAAUCUGGUUUCAGAAUAAAAGGGCGAAAAUUAAAAAAGCCUCCGGCCAAAAAAAUCCGUUAGCUUUGCAAUUGAUGGCUCAGGGAUUGUAUAAUCAUUCGACGAUACCACUUUCAAAGGAAGAGGAAGAACUUCAGGAAAUGCACGGAACGAAAUCGUAGUUUCAAUAAGAAUGGUUAGAUGGUGAUAUAUUCUUUAAGUUAAAGUUUUAAUUAGAAGUACUUUAUUUGGUCGACUAUUGUUAAAUUUUUUUUACUUUCUCAUUUAAAAUUCUUUUAAAAUCUUUUUUGCUUAUAUUUUUUGUUCCAAUUCUUACAAAUCACGUCGGAUUUAACCACGAAAAUGGAACAAUCGUCGACCGAACCGUUUAAAGAGGCUGAUGGUACGUGAUCGCAUUCCUCUCGUCUGUGCUGACGAAGUAAAGAAACUUCUUCGUAGUUUCUUCAUUUUAUUUCUUGUUUUUCUUGAAGACAUCUCCUUUUCGUAUCCAUCGGUGUCGAUUCUCGAAUUUUACAAUUCUUGGAGCCACGUGCCUGCAAAAACUAGAUUAAUGUACCAUUCAUUUGAACACAAUUGCUGGGCCGCAUGUGUGGCACUCGGACUCUCCUUUCAGAGCACAACUUUUUUUUAUACAUUUCUUUUUCUUUCUUGAUGUCAGCAGAACCGAAGAGAAAAUGCUUUCGCGUCAACGGCCACGCAUUGUGUGAUAAAACCCUCCCCUUUAAAAAAAAACAAAUAAUUAUAAUCGAAUGCGAAUGUGUCGUUUAUAAUUUUAUUUUUAGUUAAAUAAUGAAA